AUGAUAGUAGUAAUCAAUACGACGAAUAUAAUUGUAAUAGCUGUAACGACACUCGAAAUCGAUUGCAAGAAGAUAAGGGAAAACGUGAACCGCAUUGCAAGGGUUCAAGAGAACCUUUUGCAACAAGUGAACCAGUUCCGUGCAGAGUGGGGGCACGCUCUCCUCACGGUCCCGCACCUUCCUCAUCAUCUGCAGGUCCAGGUAUCGGACGAGCUUGUGAACGAGUUCUACUGCGACCUCCUCGAGCUAGAGGAAUGCGAGGAUGCGGACGACGUAACAGGAGGACGAGCGACGAGGAACGUGGACGAGACCCACGCCCAUGCCACGGCGGCGGGGGCGGCGAGGAAAGGGUUGUCGAGGAAGGGCAGCGAAGGGACGGACGUGCCGCCCCUGAGCCUCGCCGCCACGCCCCGCGCUGCCAAGACGCCCAAGGCCCAGCAGACCGCCCGAAGCCCGCGCGCCGUCGCCACCGCCCGCACGCCCUCCAACUCGACCUCCCGCACGCCCAGGACGACGCAGCGCAGCGGCCGUGGGCGUCGGAGCGUCAGGGAGUCGCCGAAGCCGCCGCCCACGCCGCGGCCGCCCAUGAGUCUGGAGCAAGUGCAGAUGAUCCAGCGGCGACGCACCAACUACUUGUCCUCGCUGAUUCAGGUUCCGGAGCAACUGAAGGACCUGGCGCGGGGGGCGGACCAUGAGCUCAGCCAGUGCAGGAGGGCGGUCGUCGGGGAGCGUGGGCGGCUGACGUGGGCGGUCUUGCGGGCGGGGCAGCUCGUGAAGGCCGUGGGCGUGAGAGUCAAAUACAAGGAGGCCGAGAAGAAGCUGAGAUUGGCGCUGCAGGAGAAGAUUCAGGAGCGACAUGUCAUUAAGGAAAAGGUGCUGGGCCUCCGCGAGCGGAUCCACGAGUACGACCUCGACCUCGAGUGCCUGGAGGGCCUGGAGAACGAGGUCGACCAAGCCUUCGCGCACCUCGUCACCGACCACGCCCAGUUCGAGGUGCAACUCACGCGCUACUUCGAGUCGCGGACGUCGGCAGGUCCGGCAAGGCGCGACUCCGUCUCCAGCAGGAGCAGCGGCGACGGCGAGGACGACGGAGGCGACAGCGGUGACAACGAUUCCGGGCUCGGGAGCGACGAGGCCCGGGUGGGGGGGGAGGAGGGGGGUCCGCGUCCCCCCGGCUGCGACCCCGCCGUGUUCUCGCUCGUGACUGUGCUCCGGGAUCUGAGGUGAGGGGGGGGCGGGGUUGAGUUAAAUAGCGUGGUGUUCUGUGGCAUGGUAUAAUGGCCUUUAUAUGAUGGGAUGUAGUCGGGUGUGGUAUUUGGCAAUGUGACGAUGUGAUAUUACUUGACUUGCUAUAAGGUAAAGCGUGAUAAGGUUUAGUGCAACAUGAGGUACAGGACAAUAUUGAUGAUAAAAGUAAUAGCAGUGUUAAUACUAACAAUCGUUGCUAUUAUAAUUACAAUUGCAAUAAUAGCAAUGACAAUAAUAGCAAUAAUAAUCCCCUAAAAAGAAAGAAAUCAACGCUAUUUCCCCUUCACCUGACCACACAUUCAC